AACAGUGCUACAAGUAAAUAAUGUUCAGUCUGGGGCUCUGCUGCAAAAUGUCAUUCACUGACAUACUGGCCAUCACUGGGAGACUUGUGGUUGUUUUCUACCUGCUGAAACUGGCCUGGAGAUGUUGGUGUGGACUCAGAGAGUUUGUGUUGUCAGAGCUUUGGCAAGUGGAUUUAAGGAAAUAUGGGCAAUGGGCAGUUGUUACCGGUGCCACAUCUGGCAUCGGUAAAGCUUAUGCCUGUGAGCUGGCACAAAGAGGCCUGGAUGUUGUCUUGGUAAGCAGAUGUAAUGAUAAGCUUCAGAUGGUUGCCAAAGAGAUAGAAGAACAGUAUGGACGAAAGACUCGCAUCGUCCAAGUGGACUUCACAGACGGCCACAGCAUCUACCCUGCUAUUGCCGAGAAACUACAAGACCUGGAGAUUGGAAUUCUGGUCAACAAUGUCGGAAUGACCUAUUCUGAAAAAUUUGCCUAUUUCCUGGAAAUACCAGAUGCUGAAAAGAAAAUCACUCAGGUAAUCAACUGUAACAUGCUGUCUGUCACUCAGAUGACCAGACUGGUUCUUCCAGGCAUGAUUGAAAGAGGGAGGGGGCUGAUCAUCAAUAUCUCCUCACAAAUGGGCAUCCAUCCACAGCCUUUGUUGUCCCUGUAUUCUGCCACCAAGACCUUUGUAAUAUAUUUUUCUCAGUGUCUUCACGCUGAGUACAAGUCAAAGGGAAUUACUGUUCAGUGUGUGGCCCCCUUCUUAGUGUCCACCAACAUGACAAAGAACAUGAAAGUCAACUGCUUUGUGAAAAGUGCUUCAGGGUUCGCCCGCGAAGCCUUGAACACAGUGGGUCACUCCAACUACACCAGCGGCUGUCUAUCCCACGCGCUCCAGGUCAGAGGGAUGGGUCACUAUGAUCACUUACAAACUGUCAGCUGCUGCAAUAUCUUAACGUCUCCCCUACUUUUUCCCAUCAUCCCACAGGACAUGGCUUUAACAAUACUCCUGCCAGACUGGCUUCGUAUGUCAUCAUUCUUCGUCAGAAAGCUACCAAACCUUGAGAAGAUGAAUGAAUGUAACAAAGGAGUGAGUAAGGAAAAAGAGGAGUAAUUAUCUGCCUGCAUCUGCAU